GCAGCCCGUGAGUGUGUGGAAACACAAACGCAGAGGCAGGACUUCGUUUCAGCGACACGUCAAUCCCAAACACUACUCCGUGGAUUUUAACCGAAUCUCCCUUUGCGUUUUUUGUUCUUCCCAGUACCGCAGAUACUUUAUUGGAUGUUUAACGUGGAGGCUUUUUUUAUGACUACAUUUACAAAGCACGAAUGCAGCGACCGGGCUAGGACAACAUGUAAAAGCCAGAGCUGGAAGACCCUCCUGCCUCGUUAAGAUCUCCCGUUUGGGAACACUUUGGCUGCGCGAUACAACAAUGGAGGACGGAGGUUUGCGACAUUGUUCAGCAGCUGCUUCUGACAACACAUCAAACAUGUGUUGCACCUUUCCUGCUUCCGGCUCCCAGACCGUAGUCGAGGAGCACAGGGGAGACACUCCUCCAGGGCCGAUGUAUUCACCCUUCACAGCUCCGGACUCCAGGAUGACCACCGCUUGGAGAUUAGCGACGAUCAGUUUAACACGGAGCCGAAGAUAAAAAAAAACCAAGCAGGGUUUUGGUUUAAAAAGGAUUCCUGUGCCUUUGUGCGAAGAGUCUGCUAACCGUGUGUGAGGACCUCUAGGAAUACAAGGAUCGAGUCAAGGGCACGUUCAUUCCUCCUUCCACCCCCCCUUUUUACUCCACGCCGCCCGCAGGAAGAUGCGAGCGAAGAUAGAAACCUGAGCGGAGUCACAAGAGGAGCUUCAUGGAUUCCAAGGAAUCUUAAAACAAACACUCUUCUGCUGUGUUUGUUGCUGUGAGGAUCUGAUAACCAUGUGGACAUUAGCGGAAGACGUGCGCUGCAGUCUGGCCGCCGCCCUCCUAUUGGCCCUCUGCCUCCAAUCAGUGUUGACCACGGACGACGACGUGACGGCGCGCAUAAGUUUCCCCUACAAUGCAAAAGAGAGAUCGGCCAAGAGGUUCUCUGUCGAGGGCGUCUUCAAUUACACAUCUUUGCUGCUCAGCCAGGAGGAUGACAUGCUCUAUGUGGGGGCCAGGGAGGCACUCUUUGCCCUCAGCCUCUCUGACAUCAGCAGGACCAAGCUGCAGAAGAACCUGACAUGGGCGACUCCUCUUGGAAAGAGAGAAGAGUGCAGUUUCAAGGGAAAGAACCUGGAGACCGAUUGCUUCAAUUACAUCAAAAUCCUGCUGCGGCUCAACAGCACUCACCUGUAUGUGUGCGGCACCUACGCCUUCAGUCCAGUCUGCGGCUACAUCAACACGUCAACAUUCACCAUGGCGAGGGAUGACACUGGCGAGGUGGUGAUGGAGGACGGGCGUAGCCGCUGCCCUUUUAAUCCUGAGUACAAAUCCACUGCAAUCAUCGUUGAUGGUGAAUUGUACACGGGCACGGUCAGCAACUUCCAAGGGAACGAGCCGGUUAUUUAUAAGAGUUUGGGGCAAGGCACAGCGUUAAAAACGGAAAACUCUUUAAAAUGGUUACAAGAUCCUCUCUUUGUCGGCUCGGCUUUCAUCGAGGAGAGUCAGCCAAUAGGGAACCCCGUGGGUGAUGACGACAAGAUUUACUUCUUCUUCAGCGAGGCGGGGAAGGAAUUUGACUUCUUUGACAACACUAUUGUGUCGAGGAUUGCUCGCGUGUGCAAGGGCGACAGAGGGGGCGAGCGGGUGUUGCAGAAGAAAUGGACCACUUUCCUGAAGGCCCAGCUCCUGUGCUCCCUCCCAGACGACGGCUUCCCCUUCAACAUCCUCCAGGACAUGUUUGUCCUGAAGCCCAUGGGAGACAGCUGGGAGAGCACCGUCUUUUACGGGGUCUUUACAUCACAGUGGUAUAAAGGAGCAUCAGGUAGCUCGGCAGUGUGUGCCUUCACCAUGGCACAGGUGGAGAGAGCCUUCAGUGGGCGUUACCGGCAGGUCAACAGGGAGACGCAGCAGUGGUACACGUACAACCACCCUGCACCAGAACCAAGACCCGGAGCGUGUGUGACCAACCAUGCCAGGCAAAUGGGAAUCCAGUCAUCUUUGCACAUGCCCGACAAGGUGCUCAACUUUGUCAAGGACCACUUCCUGAUGGACAGCGUGAUACGAAGUGCCCCCUUGCUGCUGAAACGCAGCGUGCGCUACACGCAGAUCGCCGUGCACAAGAUUCAGGGCAUGGAGCGAGCCUACGACGUGCUUUUUAUUGGAACAGACGACGGCAAGCUCCACAAGGCCGUCAAUGCCAACGACAAGAUGCACAUCAUCGAGGAAAUGAUUCUGUUUCCUGACCCGCAGCCUGUCCAGCACAUCGAACUGGAUCCUCAGAGGGGUCUGUUGUUUGUGUCAUCCUACUCGGGCUUGGUGGAGGUGCCUGUGGCCAACUGCUCCAACUACCUGAGCUGUGGAGAGUGCGUCUUGUCCAGAGACCCCUACUGCGCUUGGAGCGGGCGCCUGUGUCGUGACGUCAGGAUGGCGCCGCCUGACAGCCACUGGCAGCAGGAUGUGGAGGAGGCUGACACUUCGGCCAUUUGUAACAGGACGCUGUCCAGCCCCAGAUCUGCUCGACCCACAGCUGCCCGUGGUUCCCGUUGCCAGCUCAUCACGGUGCCCGCCAACACUUUCCGGGUGCUGCCCUGCAAGCUGCGCUCCAACCUGGCCGAGAGGAAGUGGCGCUACAGCGCCAGCGCCAGCCAGUUCCUGUACGCCACGCCCAAGGGCAGCCUGGUGGUGGUGGCGCAGGUGGACAAGAUGGAGACCUACGAGUGCUGGUCCGAGGAGGAGAAUUUCCGCCAACUGCUGGCCAAUUACUGUGUCAUGGCGGAGCCUCGCCAGGAAAGCACCACCAUGAUGGGCCACUCCCGGACGCCGCACAUCAAGCGCGUGGAGACCAUGAUCCUGCCCGGCGAGUCCCGCUCGGAGCAGAUCCACACCAAGACCUACUGGAACGAGCUCAUCGUGGUUUGUGCCCUGCUGGCCUUCUCCCUGGUGGUCUUCUCCUUGUUCGUCAUCUACAGGAACCGCGACCACAUGAAGUCCAUGCUGAAGCAAGGCGAGUGCGCCAACAUGCAGCAGAAGAAGCCCAGGAUGGCGGGGAAGCCCACCGAGAGCCUGCCGCUCAACGGCAACACCAUCCCCGUCUCCACCUCCGACCACAAGGGCUACCAGACGCUCAACGACAACUACAUCUGCAGCACGCCCACACGGGAGUCCUCGCCGGAGAGCAAGAGCUUCUCCGACGCGUCCGACGGGCGACCUCUCAACGUGAAGGAGAGCCACGUGGAAUACUCGCCCACGCUCCCGCGGCCUCGUGUGCGGUUAGGCUCGGAGAUUAAAGACUCCAUCGUGUGAGACCGGCAGGACAUUUCUUUAUUUUGCUCAUCUUCCUUUCUGUCCUCGCUCUGAAGCCGGAGGUCCGUUUGCGUGGGAAAGCAGCUCAUGGCCGCCACUACCAAUAGUUUGUUUUUCCGUCACAUCCUCAUGGCCGCUCAUUGCAUACAACUCGGGCUCGGACAUCGGACGCUCUAUCAGUAUUUAAAGCCCCAGUCCUCCAGUUCUACUGCCCAGGCCGCACGAAAGCCACCGUUUCCGGUUCAGGGAGGAUGAAAACAAAGUCAUGUGACGCAUUCUCACCACGAUGGAAGAUGAAGGACGUCUUCUUUACAGGGAGCGUGACUUUUCCCUUGAAUGUACGUCAAAAGUCUGUUUUGUGCACCAUGGACGUCACGUGAUCGGCAGGUACUGAGGGGGAGUCAAGUCCUCACCGUUAUCAUUUUCAGGGUCGCCCAAUAUCAUCGCGUGCGCUGUGCCAAAAAAAAACAAAAAAAAAAAACAACUUGAUUGUCUUAUCCAAACGCAAUAGUGCCAUUGUGUGUCGAGACCACCACUACCCGCCAUCUUUGUUUCAGCGUUGCAAAGAGCACUGAAGGGGUGAGGCACAAAUAAGAACAAACGUGACAUGCAAGGUAGGACUGUUAGUUCAGACUUCUGGAGUCUUUAAAAAAAAAAAAAAAAGUUGGGACACCAACCACCUAGGUACAGUAGGAAAGGGAUUCAUAUGGCCCCAUUCCUGGGUGGAUCUCACGUGAGAGGAAGAGGGGGGUCAAUCAUUUCGCAAUGCAGUCAUGAUAAUGGAAAGCGCCACUCUACAUUGCAAGUGACGCUCUGGUCAAAGUUGGAAUUGCCGCAAAACACAUUCUAACAUACUCAACACUCUCCUGCCGUCUGGCGGCUAAAUUCGUCAUGUUUCGUGUGUCAGGUAAACCGCGACGAAUGGUGCAAUACGAAUCCCCUUCCUACAGUACAAACCAGAAACACUACUAUACUCUUAUCGCUGUCUGUUCUUCUUCCUACACUAAUGUACUAAACCGCACAGAUUACAAAUAACCGGCAGGCAACAGAAAACGUCAAAACCGAAAUGCAAUUUUAGCUAGCUAGCUAGCAGGCGCAGCAAUGUAGAUCAGCACAAUUGUGUCGUGUGUGCGUGGUGGCUUGUCGCUAGGCAGACUUCGCAGUCGGGCGUUCCUCAAAAAUGCAAUACGGUCACUGCCCAAUGGAUAGCAAUUGUUUGGUUUUUUUCAUCUGAAAGAACAACAAAAGCAGGUUUUACUCGCCAUGCUGUGUCUUUACGAGCGGUGAGCAGAAACUCAGACUUGAGAGUUCCACAAAAAUAUAUUUUUGUUUGCCACUCAUCCAACGGUGACUGCUGCCCCACAAAAAAAAACAAGAAAGGACAGGGAGACUUGGCAAAAAUGUUAAUUAAUUUACAGUCGUCCCCCGCGAUUAAUUUGUAUCGUGAUAAACAAAUAUCCACGAAGUUGGAUUGUUAUUAACAAAUCCAAUGUUUUCAUAAUUUACUACCUUCUAAAUAUGAUUUUUUUUACAAUAUUGCAACCAUGUAAACAUGAAAUAACACCCAUAGAUUACUGUACUCACCGCUAGCCUGGAGGAUCCUUCGAGCAUCACUGCUGUAGUUGUCACCCGGCCACCACAACAUGGCCACGACGUGGCAAUACUUGGUCACUUCUAAGUUAGAACUGGGCUUCCAUAAGCUGAAACCACAGAUGUAAGUUAAAAACUUGGUCAACUUGACACCCGCAGCUACGCUCAUGAGCUGUGUUGUUAGCAUUCCGUGUUAGCAUUGCGCUUCCCUUGUUGUUAUUCCGCAUCACUCAAGCCCGAGCUGUGUUACUGACGUCCAUGAUGAAGUGCUUCCAAAGAGUUCAUCUCCACUCUGGCCAGACAUUUGCUGACAGUCUUGUUAGCCUGAAGUGCUACCGUAAGCUGUUGUCGUCUAAAGUCUCACCAAGGUGGAGAUGUGGUAUUGAUGAGGCAGGAGGCGAAGAUGAAAUGCAUCAAAAAAAUGUUGGUCAACUUGAGAUUGUCCCUGUGAAAGUGGAGUAGCGCCAGGAUUAGCCGCCUGUUGUUGUUAGCAUUUUUCACUCCUAACAUCCAGUACAGGCCAAACGUUUGGACACACCUUCUCCUCAUUCAAUGCGUUGUCUUUAUUUUCAUGACUAUUUACUAGAGAUGUCCGAUAAUAUCGGCCUGCCGAUAUUAUCGGACGAUAAAUGCUUUAAAAUGUAAUAUCGGAAAUUAUCGGUAUCGUUUUUUUUAAUUAUUAUUAUUUUUUAUUAAAAAAAAUGUUUUAUUAAAUCAACAUAAAAAACACAAGAUACACUUACCAUUAGUGCACCUACCCAAGAAACCUCCCUCCCCCAUUUACACUCAUUCACACAAAAGGGUUGUUUCUUUCUGUUAUUAAUAUUCUGGUUCCUACAUUAUAUAUCAAUAUAUAUCAAUACAGUCUGCAAGGGAUACAGUCCGUAAGCACACAUGACUGUGCAUGCUGCUGGUCCACUAAUAGUACUAACCUUUAACAGUUCAUUUUACAAAUUUUCAUUAAUUACUAGUUUCUAUGUAAUUGUUUUUAUAUUGUUUUACUUUCUUUUUUAUUCAAGAAAAUGUUUUUAAUUUAUUUAUCUUAUUUUAUUUUAUUCAUUUUUUAAAAAAGGACAUUAUCUUCACCAUACCUGGUUGUCCAAAUUAGGCAUAAUAAUGUGUUGAUUCCACGACUGUAUAUAUCGGUAUCGGUUGAUAUCGGUAUCGGUAAUUAAGAUUUGGACAAUAUCGGAUAUCGGCAAAAAGCCAUUAUCGGACAUCCCUACUAUUUACAUUGUAGAUUGUCACUGAAGGCAUGAAAACUGCGAAUGAACACAUGUGGAGUUGUGUACUCAACAAAAAAAGGUGAAAUAACUGAAAACAUGUGUUAUAUUCUAGUUUCUUCAAAAUAGCCACCCUUUUUCUCUGAUUACUUUUUUGCACACUCUUGGCAUUCUCUCCACGAGCUUCAAGAGGUAGUCACUUGAAAGGAUUUUCACUUCACAGGUGUGCUUGAAGCUCAUGGAGAGAAUGCCAAGAGUGUGCAAAGCAGUAAUCAGAGCAAAGGGUGGCUAUUUGGAAGAAACUAGAAUAUAAAACAUGUUUUCAGUUAUUCCACCUUUUUUUUGUUACCACGUGUUCAUUCAUAGUUGUGAUGCCUUCAGUGACAAUCUACAAUGUAAAUAGUCAUGAAAAUAAAGAAAAGGCAUCGAAUGAGAAGGUGUGUCCAAACGUUUGGCCUGUACUGUGUAACAUAACUGAUGCAUAAUAGAUAAAUAAAUAAAACAUAAGUGUUCAUUUAAGCCAAAAACAUGUAGAAUAUGCUUUUUUUUUUUUUUUUAUAAAAAAAAAUUACAGCUGUAGUGAGGGACGACUGUACUCCAAAACAAAAUUAUAAAUGACUUUGAAAUUCAUUCACACAAUUGAAUUUGGAUAGCAACAUCAAAUUAAAUGUAUUAAGUUAUUAAACAUAAAUACAUAUCUAUUCUUAACAGAAUGGAAGAAUUUCCUAUUCAAAUGUUCCGAACUCCUGUUUCCAAGAAGGUACACUAGCGCCUCUGCUGGUUCAACCAAGUAGUGCAGUCCCACGGCGCCUCACUUCUUUCCAAGGCACAAGUGAGUCCCAAUAAAAGCUGUCCAGGUUCCAUGCAUGGGAUGUGAAAGUGAAAGCACAAGUAAUCAGGGAGUUUCAAUACUCGCAAGUUGUUUGCACAUUUCACUGAAAACCCGUUUUGAAAAAAAAAAUUUAAAAUGCAACUACUGAGAAACCAGAAAGAAAAGCAGGGACCAUUAAGUACACUACACCCUUAAGUACACUCGCUCAUGGAGACUUAGGGAAUAAAGCAGACUUUUCCAAAGACUUAAGGAAGCUGUUUGAGUUCCAGUAAAAGUACAAAACCACAUGUCUUAGCGUAUAAAAUAUAAACAUCAAUAUGUCCUGCUCCCUUCAACACUGACAACUUGUCAUUGCACAGCACGGAGCGCAGAAGUGGUCAGUGUUUAUUUUUGUUGCCUUGAUUAUAAACGUGCUUAAUAUUGUGUGUUUUUUACGGGACCUUUAUUGUGCAAGAUGUGUUGUAGAGAUAGUAGCCAGUGAACACUGAUCGUUUUCUCCCAUGAUGCUUUGCUGCCUACGUACACCACUUCGCUUACGUCAUACCGAGCAGGUUGUUGAUCAAGCAUAUCAAAGCAGGGACGCCAGCUGGUUUUGCUAGUUAGCUUAGCAAUGCUAAGGUGACGCUAUGUUUUUGGUUUUUUUGACUUAAAAAUGGUCCGAGUUUAUUUGUAUCGUACAUAAUAUUUCUUAAUGUAUGAUACCAAAAAAAAAGCCAGACCAAACGUAAUCCACACAAUUAAAAGUGUCUGGAAAGAAGCCGAGCUUAUUUCAAACACGCCUGCUAGCUAAGGCAUGCUAGGCUAUUGCUCAAUUGUUGGAAAUCAACACGUUCCGGUUGAAUAAUGCAAAUAAGUUUGUAAAAAUAUUUAUUUCGUGAACUGUUUUUUUGUUUGUUUUUUGAAUUGCAUUGUUUUUUUGUUUAGUUGUAAAAAUUAAAAUUAGAGAUGUCCGAUAAUAUCGGCCGAUAAAUGCUUAAAAAUGUGAUAUCGAAAAUGAUCGGUAUCAGGUUUUUUUAUUAUCGGUAUCGGGGUUUUUGGGGUUUUUUUUUAUUAAAUCAACAUAAAAAACACAAGAUACACUUACAAUUAGUGCACCAACCCAAAAAACCUCCCUCCCCCAUUUACACUCAUUCACACAAAAGGGUAGUUUCUUUCUGUUAUUAAUAUUCUGGUUCCUACAUUAUAUAUCAAUAUAUAUCAAUACAGUCUGCAAGGGAUACAGUCCGUAAGCACACAUGAUUGUGCGUGCUGCUGGUCCACUAAUAGUACUAACCUUUAACAGUUAAUUUUACUCAUUUUCAUAAAUUACUAGUUUCUAUGUAAUUGUUUUUAUAUUGUUUUACUUUCUUUUUUAUUCAAGAAAAGGUUUUUAAUUUAUUUAUCUUAUUUUAUUAUUAUUUUUAAAAAGGACCUUAUCUUCACUAUACCUAGUUGUCCAAAUUAGGCAUAAUAAUGUGUUAAUUCCACGACUGUAUAUAUAGCGGUAUCGGUUGAUAUCGGUAUCGGUAAUUAAGAGUUGGACAAUAUCGGAAUAUUGGAUAUCGGCAAAAAGCCAUUAUCGGACAUCCCUAAUUAAAAUUUUGCGUACCCGCCUGAAAAUAUUAAGAUUUUACCACAUCUUUAAAAGAAAUGAUCCUGCUUUCAUAUGCUUGAUAACCUCAUUCAAUGUAUGAAAUGCCUUUAGCUAGCAUGUCGUACAACCCAGGAGUGACAUCGCUGGCCAAAACUCGGGAAAACGGCGUGAUCGGAACAAACAUCUUCCGGCUAACAUUUACACUGAGAGCUGCUCAAACUGACAUGUUGGACCUUAACUAACAUUUAUUAAUGACCAGCAAUUAAUUUGGAGUAGCUCCUCCACAUACUGUACUUACUGGACAUGAAUGUAUCUUGUAUGGCUUUGUUUUGAGUUGAAACAGUCACAUGAUCAGCACAACACAAUAGGACUAACGACAUUCAUAAAUAAUCCACUUCUGCAGUCAGUUUCAUCUAAUUCAGCGCCAUAGUUGACUGAAUAACAAAAGUAGACAAAUGUGGUCUUGCCUGCAUGAUUUCCCUGUUUUUUUUUUCUUAUUAUAAAUAUUAGUCGUGUAAAUAAUUGUGAACUGUAUAUUUUUUUUGUAUUAUGGAGAUCAAUUGUGACUGUUGUUUUUAUUAUUAUAUUGUACAUAAAAAGCACUUUAUUUUGAAGUUUUUAAGAUAAAUGAUUAAAAAAUAAAUGUUUUUUGACAAAGACUUGCCCACUGUGAAGAUUAAUUUGAUCAUUUAUUAUAUUUGCAUUGAUUUUCACUGGGAUUUGCUGUCUUCUGCAGGAAAAUGUACACGCUUCAUCUUAGGAGUCAGUCAUGUGCAGUGUUGGGAGUAACUGUACUGUAACGCCGUUAGUUUCAGCGGUAACUAGUAAUCUAACGCGUUAUUUUUUAUAUUCAGUAACUCAGUUACCGUUACUACAUGAUGCGUUACUGCGUUAUUUUACGUUAUUUUUUAUGUAGUAUCGGCUAGAAACAGAAGAUCUGAGUGUGUUUUAUUGGAGCGCUGCAGUGUCGUCCUUCUGAUUCUUCCU